AUGGCAUUACGUAAAGUACGUAGUAAUUUGGAUCGUUUUUUUGAUAAAAGUCUGACAGACUUGAUCCGUGGGAUCCGGAACAAUAAGGACAAUGAGGCCCGAUACAUCGCAGCAUGUAUUCAUGAAAUCAAGAUGGAACUUCGACAGGAUUCUGUUUUUAUCAAAGCAAAUGCGAUCGAAAAACUUGCUUAUUUGCAAAUGAUGGGAUAUGACAUAUCAUGGGCAUCAUUCAAUAUUAUUGAAGUGAUGGCAUCAACGAAAUUUACUGAGAAGCGUAUCGGUUAUAUGGCAGCAUCACAGUGUUUCCACGAUGGUACCGAUGUUUUAAUGUUGACUACCAAUUUAAUACGAAAAGAUUUACACAGUUCUAUAAUGUACGAGACGGGUAUAGCACUGGGAGCAUUUUCAUGUUUUGUUACGCCUGAUUUGGCGCGAGAUCUUACUAGCGAUGUUGUGAAUCUUCUCUCUUCUAGUCGACCAUAUGUGCGCAAAAGAUGUGUAUUGCUAUUGUACAAAAUUUUUCUUAAAUAUCCAGAUUCUCUAAGGCCUACUUUUCCACGGCUGAAGGAAAAGCUGGAGGACCCGGAUCCAGGUGUACAAAGUGCUGCAGUGAAUGUUAUUUGUGAGUUGGCACGAAAAAAUCCUAAAAAUUAUCUAACUUUGGCACCAGUGUUCUUCAAGUUAAUGACAACAUCAUCGAAUAACUGGAUGUUGAUUAAAAUUAUCAAACUAUUUGGUGCACUGGUACCACUGGAGCCUCGUCUUGGCAAAAAAUUGCUGGAGCCGCUGACGAAUUUAAUCAAUAGCACAUCAGCGAUGUCACUACUAUAUGAAUGCAUCAACACAGUUAUUGCGGUACUGAUAAGUAUAUCGUCUGGUGUACCCGGUGAUCAUACUGCCAGCAUACAGCUUUGUGUGCAGAAAUUGGGUGUAUUAAUUGAAGAUUCUGACCAAAACUUAAAAUAUCUUGGUUUGCUUGCAAUGGGAAAGAUUUUGCAAACACAUCCUAAAGCAGUGCAGGCCCAUAAAGAUAUUGUGUUGCGGUGUUUGGAUGACAGAGAUGAAAGUAUUCGUCUAAGAGCAUUAGAUCUUCUCUAUGGAAUGGUAUCCAAACGAAAUAUCAUGGAAAUUGUGCGAAAACUAAUGGAUCAUGUUGAUGCAGCAGAAGGAUCGUAUUAUCGUGAUGAGCUGCUCUCAAGAAUUAUUGCAAUAUGUUCAUACAAUAAUUAUCAAUAUAUUACAAAUUUUGAGUGGUAUAUAUCAGUACUGGUAGAAUUAACGAAAGUGGAAGGUACAAGGCAUGGUACAAUGAUUGCUGAGCAGAUGCUUGAUGUAUCAGUACGCGUUCAAUCGAUAAGACAUUUCUCGGUGUCUCAGAUGGCUUUGCUUGUUGAAAAUGCUCAUCUCCUGCUUGCCGGCAGUGCACAGCAUCGUAGCAAUAUGUGUGAAGUGCUACUGGCUGCAGCAUGGAUUUGUGGUGAAUAUUGCCAGCAUCUUUGCAACGUUCAAGGUGUAUUAGAAGCUAUGCUCAAGGCCAAAUUACCAAUAAUGCCAGGACAUAUACUUAGCGUUUACAUGCAGAAUAUUGCCAAACUUUACGCGGUAUUGCUUGUAAGAGCUGAAGCAGAGAAUGAUUGGGAUGGAAUUGAUAGUCUGGACAAUUUGCUGUUAUCUAAAUUGCCUGAAUUUGUAUUAGCUGAUCAUCUCGAGGCACAAGAACGAGCUUGCACAUUCUUAGCUAUUUUGAAGAUAAUAGAACGUUUCCAUUCUAAUAAUGAGAAAGUUGGUGAAGAAUUCGCAAAGCUUUUUGAAGGGGAGUUAAAUCCAGUUGCUGCGAAAGCACAAAAAAAAGUUCCGAUUCCUGAAGGGCUAGAUCUUGAUGCUUGGAUUUAUGAACCGGAUUUGGAAGACGAUACUAGCGAGCCUGAAAAUGAAAAUGCUUCUAGAAAAACUGCAGUGCGUCCAGAGUUUGUUGUUUUUGGUGGUCCACCCAGAUAUAGUAGCGAUGACGAUCGUGAUUAUGGGGAAAAUUUAUCGAAAACGAAAGGAAGCAAGGAUGAACUUAGUGAAGAGGAACUACAAAAACGCUUGAAACAACGACAAGCUGAAAUUGAGAAUAACCCUUACUACAUGAAAGGAGAAAUUAAGAGUAGUGCUUCCAAACGAUUAACACGAACUCCCCUCGGUGCAACAGAAAAGCUAAGAUCGACUCCUGAUCUGCAGAGUCCUUUAGAAAUACCCGGAGUGGUGGGACUCAACAAAUAUAUGGAACAACAGCAGUCGACGCUGUCAUGGAAAACUGCAAAGAAAGAAAAAAAGAAAGCUAAAGGAAGAAAAAAUAAAGUUGGUAAAGAGAUAAGUUCCAGUGACGAUGAUGAUAUACCAGUGAUCCAUCAGGUUAAUAGAGGCGAAGGUGAAAUGCCUGAAAAUGCUAAAUCAACUGAUGAAGAUGAAAUUGCUGGAAAUGAAAAUGAGAUGGAAGAAAUUUACAAAGCACUUGAUGUUAACUUAGAAGAACCUUUGAAAGCAGAUGAGCGAGUGGAAGUACCCCAUGUGUAUACGCAGUCGCGACCACGUGAAUUAGAUUUACUUGGAUAUUCGCGAACCAAUGCUGCUGAUUCCCUCCAGUCUUACAAUGAUGUGUCAUCGUUGGAACGAGAUGAAAAGAAGAAAAAGAAAGUAAGAAAGGCGGGGUGCAAAGUCCUUAGAGAAAAAAGGGAAUCAAGAAGGAAGGAAAUCAGUGGUUCAAGUGCUCACAAAACUGAUACUGUUUGUGCUGAAAGAUGGCUGGAUAGUGUAGAAGUCAAAGAAACUACUGCGAAAGCUUUAAAAAAAACAAAAAAUUCUGCAAAAAAAAAUGAUUCAAAAACUGGAAAUGGUAGAAAAAAGAGAAGUGUUAUCGAAGAACCAAUUGAUAAGGAUGUGUAUGAAGCAGCUUCGGGUAUUUGUACUCCAAGCAAUCCAAAUUUACAUUUUGGUUCAAGUUCAUCGAAUGAAGCCCUAACACCGCACGAAGAUUCUUCUUUAUACCAUGCGAAAGAAAAAGCAACAAAAUUGCGAUUGAGUUCUUAUAAAGUACUGGGUGAAACAGAAGAUUUAAAAUUGACUUACGAAACUCGAGUAUCAACUGAUGAUGCAAAUCAGAUUGCAAUUGGAAUCGUAUUUUCAAACAAAGGAUGCUGUACUUUGCGUAAUUUAGAGAUGAACGUCUUAGACACAAUUAAUACACGUUUAUUACGUGAAGAGGGCAAGUCAUCUCUGGCUGCAAUUCCACUGUCAUUUCAGCUUCCUGCCGGAGUCUCCGCUGAACAUGUUUUCAGAUUCUCAGUGAAAGCAAUCAACAUGCCACAGAAGUUGAGAGGCAAUUUGACAUUCUUUGCAGAACGUAGAAGCGAAACUAUCCAAGACAAACUAGAUUUCCAUAUUUUGAUGCCAGUGAUUUCUUUCCUUGUGCCUGCUACCAUUACAAGCGAAUCGUAUGACAUAUUAUUAAAUUCGAGUGAUAUGGGCUAUAAAUCAUCUGCGCAAUUAAUUACCAGUCUUCCAUGGAACACAGUCUUAAAGAAGAUCUGCUUUUUCGCUCAUUUUAACGUAGUGAAGCAGAAUAAUACAGGAGCGGCUCUCUAUGCUCAUACUAUAAAAGCUGAAUCAGUUUGUAUUUUGAUCAAACAACAGGGUGAUAAGAUUCAAAUCGAUGGUCGCUCUGCUGAUCAGCAGUUGAUCUAUGCAGUUGUCGAUGAAUUACGCGACAUAGUUCAUGAAUGA